UGUUUAGCACUGCAGUGGGCUUAUUGUUGUAAAAUGAUUCACUGCUUAUGGCUAUGUCAGUGUUACUAUACAGUUGUAGUUACAAUUAUGAUUAGUCUAGUACCUACUUUAGUCUGACAAUUAUAUGCUUUUAUAGUAAUUGCUAUUUCCUAAUACUUAUUGAACCUUCAUAACAUAAUUAAUAGGUUAUAGACAUUUUCAAAUAUACAUUUUCUUAAAACAUGGACUCUCAACAAAAAACAUCAAAUAAUGUCAUCAAGAACAGAAAACGGCCUGUCAAUGAACAUGGCUUAUGUAAUAAAGAACUGGAGAAUAAUAUUGGAAUUAACAAACUUAGUAAUCAAUUAUCAUUUGAUGGUACUGUAUUGCAAAACAUUAAAAAGCAAAAGGUUGAAAAUGGUACCAAACUUAAAGCUACUGUACAUAUUUCUAAUGCAGUAAUGCCAAUAACUACUAAUAAUAUUUUAGGUGAAAAAGAAAAAAUAUAUGAUGUUAACUCAGAUAAGGCUAUAACUCCCGAACAAUCACCAUCUACCAAGGCAAAAUUACGACAAAUUUUGGAUUUGGGUGAAUUUCAUAAAAUUGUUUGUCCUAAUAAGCAGAACAUUAAAGAACUUCAAGAAAAGCUUAAUUUGGUAGAACAAUGUCAGAAGAAUCUUAAUUUUAUGGAAUAUAAAGUUGAAGCUAUUAAAUAUCAUUGUUUGCCUUUACUUGAAUCAGAUGACUUCAAGAUUAGCACUAAUCCAGUAAAAUAUUCUCACCUGAAACCUACAUCAUUAUUUCCUAGUCCUAGAAGAGUAAUGAUGGACAUUCAACCAAAACUUACUAAAAUAUUGCCUGAUGAUAUUGAGUGUAUUAUGAAUAUAUCAUCUAUUAAACAGUAUUCUGCAUUAGCAGAUUCUAAAGCAUUACCUUUGCCAUUGAAAUAUCGAAUUUUGAAUGAAUUGUUUAAAGUUAUGGAAACAGUAUUAUCUAUGAAAUUUUUAAGAAAAGAAAAAAUAACAUUUUAUAAUCUCAAACUAAAUAUUCAACAAAUAACUAGAAAGAAUUUUACAGAAUUACAUUUGGCUCAAAUUAAAACUAUAGUUCCUGACUUCUUCAAGUUUUACUUGGUGAAAUCACUAAAACAUAAUUUUAGUAUUGAUUUAGUAAUAGCUCCAGUUUAUGGUUUGGCAAAUAAAGAUAACAUUGAUUUAAAAAAAAUAACAAGGCAGAGAAAAAAAGCAUUUUUUAAUGCAUUAAUAGACAUUAUGAAAGAACAUCAUGCAGAAUAUUUGAAUAAAUUAAUUCCUCCUAUCGUAAUUGAUAAAGAUAAAAUUACCAGAUGGCAUCCUGAAUUUGAUGUUGAAUCUGUGCCAAAUAUCAAUCUAUCACCAUUGCCUAAGAUUGAAAUUGACAAAUCAAAAAUAUCAACUGCUAAAGAUAUUUUGGAACAAACGCAUGCAUUGUUUAUUUACAAUAAUUAUUUAAAUCAAACUCCUACUACAAUAACAAAUAAAAUUAACAAUUCAACUAAAAUAACAUUACCUACAAAAGAUGCAAAAAACACUUUAAAAGAUGCACUUAAUGGCAUUCCUAAACCAUUUUUAAUUAAGAUCCGUUCUAAGAAAAUCAAAAAAACUAAUGAAAUAAUGAGGUCAUUAAGUCAAUUAAAUAAAGAUAAAAUGAUGAUCAGAUUACCAGAUAUUGCUCGUAGAAUACGCACUUAUUUUGUACAACUUCAAAGAAAUGUCUUGCCAUUAAGCAAAGUUAUUGACCAAUUAAAACAAAGUUAUCCUGAGACUAUGCCAGACCAUGAUUGGAAAACUCACUUAAAUCUUCUUCAAGAAAAAGUACCCCAUUGGGCUGUAUUAAAAAUAUUAGAUGGAAGUGAAUACAUUCGAGUUGAUAAAAAAAUUAAUUUUGAAGAAUGUGUAAUAAAAAAAUUAAAAAAAUAAAUUUUAAUGUUGAAAUAUCAAGUAAGAGUAAUAUAAUACCUUAUAAAUUGUUCUAAUUAAUUUUUGUCUAUAAAUUUUAUUUUUAUUCAAUAGGUGUCUUAUUUUUAUUUUAUGUUAAACAAUUCAUUGUUAUUGUUAUUUUUUAUUUUUAUUAUUAGCUUACAAAUAAAAAUUAAAAGUUACUAGAUACAUAAUAUGAAUAAAUACAUUGGUUUUCUUAGAUUGAGUUAUAAAAAUCAAUAAGUUUGAGAAAUAAAAUAAUUUCUUUGCUGUUAUCUUCAAUUGAGCUCAUGGAUUUAAUAUUUGAAAAGGUUGUCUGGUACCUAUGUUUAUGUUACAUCAGAUUUCCAUAUGGUUUUGAGAGUGCACAAGGAGUUCUCCGCAGAUAUGGCACUGAGUUGGUUCUUCCCUUUGCAUAAGUGCAUAAGAUGUCUGUAGGACAUCUAUUCACUAUUGUUAUUUAAUAAUAACAUGUCUUAAAUGUUUAUAAAAGUUUAAUGAAAUUUAUAAGAUAAAUUUUAUUUUGACUACAUAUUAU